AUGGCAAUCUCUAAAGCAAUGAUUGUGUUUCCCUUGCUUUGCUUUCUUUUCUCCACCAUCUCCGCCUUAUCUCAACCAAACACCUUGCUUUGCAAUCAAACUGAGAAACAUGCCCUUCUCAGCUUCAAACGUGCUCUCUAUGAUCCUGCACACCGCCUCUCAUCUUGGUCUGCUCAGGAGGAUUGUUGUGCAUGGAAUGGGGUCUAUUGUCACAAUAUUACUGGUAGAGUUAUCAAGCUCGAUUUGAUAAAUCUUGGCGGUUCCAAUCUCUCAUUGGGUGGCAAGGUUAGUCCUGCUUUGCUCCAAUUAGAAUUUUUGAAUUACUUGGACUUGAGCUUCAAUGAUUUUGGAGGUACUCCUAUUCCAAGUUUCUUGGGUUCCAUGCAGGCUUUAACACGCCUUGACCUCUUCUAUGCUUCAUUUGGUGGACUAAUCCCUCCUCAGCUUGGAAAUCUUUCCAAUCUUCAUUCCCUUGGUCUAGGUGGUUAUUCCUCUUAUGAAUCACAACUUUAUGUUGAGAACCUUGGUUGGAUUUCUCAUCUUUCUUCUUUGGAAUGCCUACUCAUGUUAGAGGUUGACCUUCAUAGGGAAGUCCAUUGGCUUGAAUCUACAUCCAUGUUAUCUUCCCUUUCUGAGUUGUACUUGAUCGAAUGUAAACUGGAUAACAUGAGCCCAUCUCUGGGGUAUGUCAAUUUUACAUCUCUCACAGCCCUUGAUCUUGCUAGGAAUCAUUUCAAUCAUGAGAUACCCAAUUGGCUAUUUAAUCUCAGUACUAGUCUUCUGGAUCUUGAUUUGAGUUACAAUUCUCUAAAGGGUCAUAUACCUAACACCAUUCUAGAGUUACCUUACUUAAAUGAUUUAGAUUUGUCAUACAAUCAGCUGACAGGGCAAAUACCAGAGUAUUUAGGGCAACUUAAACAUUUAGAAGUCCUUUCACUUGGAGAUAAUUCCUUUGAUGGUCCAAUUCCUUCAUCUCUAGGAAACUUAUCGUCCUUGAUCUCCUUAUAUCUUUGUGGAAAUAGGUUAAAUGGAACUCUUCCAAGCAAUUUGGGGCUUCUUUCAAAUUUGCUGAUUUUAAAUAUUGGAAAUAACUCCUUAGCCGACACAAUAUCAGAAGUGCAUUUCCAUAGACUGUCAAAAUUGAAGUACUUAUACGUGUCCUCAACAUCUCUUAUUUUAAAAGUCAAGUCAAAUUGGGUUCCUCCUUUUCAACUUGAAUACUUGUCCAUGAGUUCCUGCCAGAUGGGCCCCAAUUUUCCUACAUGGCUACAAACUCAAACAUCUCUUCAAGGUCUAGACAUUUCCAACUCAGGAAUUGUGGACAAAGCACCAACAUGGUUCUGGAAGUGGGCUUCACAUCUUGAACAUAUCGAUCUCUCUGAUAACCAGAUAUCUGGGGAUUUAUCUGGAGUUUGGCUUAACAAUACUAGCAUCCAUCUGAACUCUAAUUGCUUCACCGGCCGCUCUGGUAUCCGGCCCAUGCGGCUGCCCAGGGCCAAACAAACAAAUGACGUCCCAACAGCAUUGUCUCCAAAUGUUAUUGUAUUGAACAUGGCCAACAAUUCGUUUUCGGGACCAAUUUCCCAUUUCUUGUGCCAAAAGUUGGAUGGAAGAAGUAAAUUGGAGGCUUUGGACUUGUCAAAUAAUGAUUUAUCUGGAGAGCUUUCUCUGUGUUGGAAGUCUUGGCAGUCUCUGACUCAUGUAAACUUGGGAAACAACAAUUUUUCGGGUAAAAUUCCUGACUCCAUAAGCUCUUUAUUUUCACUUAAAGCAUUGCACCUGCAGAAUAAUAGCUUCUCUGGAAGUAUACCCUCAUCAUUGCGAGACUGCACAUCUUUGGGGCUACUGGAUUUAAGUGGUAAUAAACUUUUGGGAAAUAUACCAAAUUGGAUAGGAGAAUUGACAGCUUUAAAAGCUCUCUGUUUAAGAUCCAACAAAUUCACUGGCGAAAUUCCUUCACAGAUCUGUCAACUUUCUUCUCUUACAGUAUUGGAUGUUUCAGAUAAUGAGUUGUCCGGAAUUAUACCCAGGUGUUUGAAUAAUUUCAGUUUAAUGGCCUCAAUAGAGACUCCAGAUGACCUGUUUACUGAUUUAGAAUACUCCAGUUAUGAAUUAGAGGGUCUCGUGUUGAUGACAGUUGGGAGAGAACUUGAGUACAAAGGGAUUCUUAGAUAUGUUAGAAUGGUAGACCUGUCAAGUAAUAAUUUUUCUGGAUCAAUCCCUACUGAAUUAUCACAACUUGCUGGACUGCGGUUCUUAAACUUGUCUCGAAAUCAUUUGAUGGGAAGGAUACCUGAGAAAAUUGGAAGAAUGACAUCUUUACUAUCUCUUGAUCUCUCCACAAACCAUCUUUCAGGUGAAAUUCCUCAAAGCUUGGCCGAUUUAACAUUUCUUAAUCUCUUGAACCUAUCAUACAAUCAGUUGUGGGGAAGAAUUCCUUUAAGCACACAGCUUCAGAGCUUUGAUGCAUUCAGCUACAUUGGCAAUGCCCAACUUUGCGGAGCCCCUCUUACAAAAAACUGCACAGAAGAUGAAGAAUCUCAAGGUAUGGACACCAUUGAUGAAAAUGACGAAGGUUCCGAAAUGCGAUGGUUCUACAUUAGUAUGGGACUUGGAUUCAUUGUAGGCUGUGGGGGAGUCUGUGGUGCUCUUUUGUUCAAGAAAAAUUGGAGGUAUGCUUAUUUCCAGUUUCUUUAUGACAUUAGAGACUGGGUAUAUGUGGCCGCAGCGAUAAGGUUGAAUCGGUUGCACGACAAUUUGAGGAGACUGUUGGAAAAGAAGGAAGCUUAA